AAUUUACUAAUGUUAAUAUUAAUUAACGUAUCACUCUACUGCUGAACAGUCUUCUAAGGCUCAUUACAGGGAUCCAUAACAUAACCUGUGACAUCAUGACCCUUACCUGAUGAAUACACACACACACACACACACACACACACACACACACACACACACACACACACACACACACACACAAAGCAUCCAUACAAAUCUUUAUAUACGAGACAACAGGCUGCUAGAGGAGGUCGCUGUCAGUGGCUCAGCAGGUGAACGACGGCUCUGUCCAUUUACAGAAUCAUUAUUAUUACUACUUGUUGUUUUCAAAGCUUUGGGAUACAGCUGAUAAUGAUGUUACUAUUUAAAUGCAAUGUGUUUCUUUCUUCUUUGUUCUUAAAAAAAAAGUUUCAUAAGGUUUUAAUGUUGUAGACUUUUAUAAAGCUUUCUGACUGUGUUGAUGUUAUGGAUAUUUAAAUGUAGAAUUCGUGAAUCUGAUGCAUAAACAGUGAAACUAGAUAAUUAUUUUAAUGUGAUGUCAGUUUUUUCUGGUCUAAUCAAUUUCUCAUUUUCAUUACAGACUAGAGUGAAUAUUUAUGAGCUGCUGAAUGAAAUUUCAAAGCUUUGUAUUAAAACACUGUGAGCCAUGAACUCCUGACAGUGCGAAUGGGAUUGAGGUUGUAAGUGUGUACAGAUUGUGAGGAGGAGAUGUUGGUGAUGCUCAACUCCACCUCCUCCAGCCCUCUGGACCUGCUGAUGAGUAAUACCAGCUCUGCGCUGACAGGGGGCGCCGUGGCAGUGCCUAAAGACAGCUUCUCUAAUGCUCUCACCAAGAACAUAGUGGCCAUGGCGGUCUGGCUGGCCCUCAGUGUCAUCAACAGCAGCAUGGUGCUUACCUUCCUACGGCACAGACUCUUCUAUGAGAACCCCCGGUACAUCAUGUUCAUCUGCAUGGUGAUCAACGACGCUCUGCAGCUAAGCCUUGUAACAGCUCUCUACGUGGUCAGCUACAUCUUCAGGAAGAUCCACGCCUCUGUCUGCUGCUUUCUGAUCAUGACGGCGGUCCUCACCACCCGCUCCACCCCUCUCAUCCUGGCCGGCAUGGCCGUGGAGCGCUACAUCUCCAUCUGCUUCCCCUUGCACUACAGCCAGAUGUGCACCAUCUCUCGCACCCUCCUCCUCAUCUGUGUCAUCUUCAUCCUCACCCUCACCCCGCCCAUCACCGACCUCCUCAUCACCCUCAUCAACGAGCCUCUAAGUUUCUUCCACACCAACAUUUUUUGCGACCACCCGCUUCUCUUUCGCCACCAGUCCAUCUACUACAAGAACUGUGUGUUUGACGGGGUGUACCUCUCCUUUGUGGCUCUGACGCUGCUCUACACCUACUGUAAGAUCAUGCUGACAGCACAGGCUGCCUCAGCAGGCCUGGCCUCGGUGAAGAGAGCGAGGAACACUGUGCUGCUUCAUGGGGUGCAGCUGCUGCUGUGCAUGCUUGCGUUUGUGGUUCCUUCCCUGCAGGCAGCUCUCAUCUCCCUCUUCCCCAGUCUGAGUCUGGAGAUUCGUUACAUCUUCUUCCUGGUCGUCUACAUCAUCCCCCGUUUCCUGAGCCCAAUGAUCUAUGGUUUUCGGGACGAGCAGUUCAGGAAGUACUGGACCCCGUACCUGGCUUGUCGAAGCCAAAGUAUCGGCAGGGUCAGACCGGCGUUACUGAAAGUGAACCUGUAGGUGAAAUAACCACAACAAGUCCAACUGACUGACUGUUUACUGCAUGUGAGCUCCUGGUUCAGUUCAAUUCAGUAUGAUGUGAUUCGCUCCCAGUUUUUAUAGCUCUGCUGCAUUAAUUUAGUUUGCAUGUAUGGCCUUCUGUACAGUGAGCACAUAACUGAUGCAAAACUUUUAGCACAGUUUACAGAACGUCAGCUUUUGACAAACUUUUCUGCUGAUAUUUAAAAUAAUCUCAAUAAGAUCAAAAGAGCAAAACACACAGAUGGAUGAAUGAAUGAAAAUGUAAAUAUAAGAAGCUCAUGGACUUUGUUACUACUGAAUACUGCUUCAGAAACUGUUUGUUGAGUAUUGUCAAAUUUGUUUAUAAAGCACCUUAAAUAAAGUAUGAUGGGAA